AAUUUUAAAGGGUGCCUCGGGGCUGUCCAUAAUUUUAAAGGGUGCCUCGGGACUGUCCAUAAAUUUAAAGGGUACCUCGGGACUGUCCAUAAUUUGAAAGAGUGCCUCAGGACUGUCCAUAAUUUUAAAGGGCGCCUUGGGACUGUCCAUAAUUAUAAAGGGUGCCUCGGGACUGUCCAUAAUUAUAAAGGGUGCCUCGGGACUGUCCUGUCCAUAAUUUUAAAGGGUGCCUCAGGACUGUCCAUAAUUUUAGAGGGUGCCUUGGGACUGUCCAUAAUUUUAAAGGGUGCCUCUGGACUGUCC